CUCUCGCUGCCUCUCGCUGCCUCUCGCUCCCUCUCGCUCCCUCUCGCUGCCUCGCGCUGCCCGUCGCUCGCUCGGGUCUCGUGGCCCUGCGCCCCCCGGAGCCUCUCCCCCUGAGGCGGGCUCCCCACCAAUGCACCACCAACAGGGCGGGGCCGCCGGCCAGCCGCCCCCAUCACAACCCGCACGGCCCAUCCUCUCGCUCAUGCUGUGGCUCCUGCUGCUGCUGCUCGGCUCCGGCGCCCUGGCCAUGGACGUGGACCAGCAGGUCGGCGGGGAGCUGCUGCUGAUUGCUUCGGGCACGCCCUUCGGCUGCACUGACAUGCUCGGCCGGCUCUUCGCCGGGGAUGAUGCGGUUUGCUACCGGGUUUUCAACCGGUCCACCUGGCUCUCCUACCGGCAGCCAAGCAGCCGGCCAACCGGCUGGGACUUCCGAAGGGACAGCUUCUUCACAAAUGACCCCUCGCUCAGCGGCCCCCUGGUCGGGAUGCCACAGGCGCUGGACUUCGGCCCAUUGGGCUUGCCAUCGACCCGCACCGACCCGCUGUUCCUCUGGCAGAGCGGCUCCCAAGUGGGCCUGUCCGUGGCGGGGCAGAGCCACACCCACGCCCUGCCGGCCGGCCAGCCGGCCGCCCUGCUGGCCGGCCAUGCCAAUGGCCCGGACGAGGUGACUGCCCUGGUCCUGGUCGAGGGGGCCGACGCCUCCCUGAACAGGGCCCACACCCUGCGCUGGCGCAAUCAGGCCUGGCUGGCGACCGAUGCGCAGGUCCCCCAUCCUCGGGCCCCGGGGGCCACCGGCCUGCCGGGGAACUUCUUCCUGGCCACGGCCGACGGGUGGGCCUGGAUCCGCCCCGGCAGCCCGACACUCAGCUUCCCCCUCGGCCGGCCGGUGGUGGCCCUGGCGGCCACGCGCUUCCUCACCCCCCACCUCCAGGCCAUGGAUCUGGUGGUCACCACGGCCGAUCGCCUGUAUGUCUACCUGGGGCUGGACCCCGGCACCGGCACAUGGGCCGAGCUGCUGGAGGCUGGCCAGCUGCCGGAAGAGCGCCAGGCACUGACCACGCGGCUGGUGCCCCCGGUGCAGGACGCCACCCUCCCCACGAGGUUCCUGCUGCUGGUGUCUGGGACCCGGCAAAUGUGGCGCCUGGUCCGCCUUUCGACCGGGGGACAUGGCGGCGAUGCCGGCCCGGCCGGCGGCCAGCUUCUCUGGCAGGCCAUCCGCCUGCCGGCCACCUUCGCCACCUGGCCGGAUGUGGUCCGGAUGGCACCGGUGAACCUCGGCCCGGCGCGGCCCGAAUACUGGGUCCUCUUCCAGGACAACCAGGCCUACCACCUGGCCGAUGACAUGGGCUGUGACUCUGACCCCUCGAUCAGGUGCGAUCGGCUUGCCGCGACCUGGGCAUGUGCCCCCGGGCGCCUGGAGGCCCCGCAUCUGGUCCAUGGCCAGCUGUGCGGCGCCUGCGGGGAUGGCUUCUUCCGCUCGCCUGCGCCCCGUGGCUCCUACGAGUGCCGGCCCUGCCUGGUCGCUGGCUGCCAGGUGUGCUCGGAUGCCGGCGAAUCCUGCUCCACCUGCCAGGGCGACCUGCUGCUGGUGCGCGGCCCGCCCGGCCAGCCGGACAGCUGCGUCGAGACGUGCCCCGGCGGGCUGACGGCCCUCGGCCGGGUGUGCGGGCCGUCCCUCCAUCCCCAGCCCGACCUGCAUGUGGCGACCUUGGACAACCGCAUCGCCGGGGGGACCGGUGUGUCCACGUUUUGCGCCUCCCGUACAUAUCUCAAGGCCGGCCGGCUCCAUGUGUCCAAUGCCUCGCUGGCGGCCCGGGAACCGGAGUCCCUCCUGGCCAGCCUGGCCAGCAGCUCCCUCGGGAUGCUGGAUGUCCAGCAAAUGCGCCAGGAUCCCCUGGCCCCGGUGGUGGUGACCCCGGUCCAGGGCAUGCCGCUGGUGCCCGGCGUGGAGCACAUCCUCGAGAUGGGCCCCUUCAUCAGCGACCGCAGGGUGAGCCUGCUUUUGCUGGUCGACUGCGGCCCGGGCUGCAUGUCGGUCAUCCGCCUGGCGUGCACGCUGCCGGGCACGGCCCCGGCCGACGAGUGCCAGCUCCAGGCCCGGGCGUGGGCGCUGGACCGCCACCUCCUGCAGCGCCAGCCCGUGCAGAAGCUCACCCCGUCGGUGGUGUCCUUUGGCCACCAUGUGGCCGAGUUCCAGGCCGAUGGGUCGCUGAUUUUGACCGGGCCCGGUGCCCCGGCCGCGCCAAGCUCCCUGGCCAUGGGCUUCCACCGGGACGUGGCAACUGGCCGGCCGGGGCAAAUGCUUUACACCCAUGCAAAGUCCAGCACACAGGUGCACGCCAUCUCCUGGGACAUUCGUCGCCGGAUGGGCCUCACGACGCAGGCCCUGGCGGCGGCGUGGGCCACGCCCGACCCGGCCCCCCAGGCAGCACUCCUUCGGCCUGAAGCCCCGGCGAGCCCAUGUGGCCGGGCCACCGCCGCCGCCACCGCUGGCCCGGGCCAGGGCCAGCCCCCGGGCCAGGCCCAGCCGGCCAUCGGCACCGCCAGCAGCAUGGUCAGCGACUUGUGGGUCCUUGUCAGCCUGGCGACCCGGCCGUCGGGCACCCCGCCGGCCUCUCGCUCGGAGGACAUCGUCCACACCGGCCUCCUGACAUCCGGCGGCCAGGUGCACUGGGGUGCUGUGCAUCGGCCGCUCGGGGCCCAUGCGCAAGGCCGCGUCAAUGACAUCCCCGGCGGCUGGGAGGCGCUGGCCCCGGUGGCCGGCAUCACCGACCGCAGCCCCUUCUUCGCGACCGGGGUGGCCCUGCGCGGGUCCGGCGAAUUCCCCAGCGCCCUGGUCAUGGUCAGCCAGAUGCACCUGGGCGUGGUGCUGCUCCACUGCCCGGCCGGGGUGGCCACAUGCCGCCUCGGGCCGCGCCGAGUGGUGGCACUUCCCCCGAGCCAGCGCCUUCUGCCCGCCUCGGGUGGGGCCAUUGCCACGCCGCUGCCCGGGGCCUGGCCGCCGGUCGGCGAGCAUGCCCCCGGCCCGGCGGCCGCCCUGCUCCUUUCCCCGGUGGCGCCAUACACGCAGCCGGUCCUGCUGGUGCGGGUGUCGGUGGCCGAUUGCCCGGCCCGCACCUUCGGCCCGGGCUGCCAGCCAUGCGACGCCUCCUGCCAAGGCUGCACCGGCCCGGGCCCCGGCGAGUGCACCGGGCCCCGGUGCGCCUUCUUCCGGCCCUCGCAGCCGGAUGCCUGCCUGGAUGCCUGCCCGGCCGGGCUGCACCCGGAUGCCGAGGGGGCCUGCGGCUGCCACGCCGACUGCGCGGCCUGCCACCUGUCGCCCGGCCGGGGGCAGUACAUUUGCACGGCCUGCCGGCCGGGCAUGGCCUUGGACCCGGCGGCCCAGCCGCCGGACCGGUGCCGCCCCUGCCAUGCGUCCUGCUCCGAGUGCCAUGCCCCGGCAAGCGCCACCGCAUGCCAAGCCUGCCCGAGCGGCGGCCUCCUCGGCCCGGCCGGCGUGUGUGCCGCGGCCUGCCCGGCCGGCACCUGGCCCGACCAUGCCGCCGGCACAUGUGUCCCCUGCCCGGGCAAUUGCGCCGCCUGCACCGGGCCGGACUUCUGCACCGCCUGCCAGCCCUCCCCGCUGCCGGACCCGGCGUCCGGCUGGUGCGUGGCCUGCUUCGAGCAGUGCGCCCAAUGCCAGGGCAGCCUGGACGCGUGCCUCGCCUGCCGGCCGGGCUUCCGCUGGGCGGCCGGCGCCCCGCCCGCCGGGCCCGACCAGACGGCCCCCUGCGUGCCCUGCCCCGAGGGCUGUGCCGAGUGCGCGGACGAUGGGGGCUGCCUGUCCUGCCGGCCGGGCUUCCUGAUCGGCAUGGACCCGGGCACGUGCGUCAGCCGGUGCCCGGACGGCACCGCGGCCCACUCGCCAUCGCGGGCCUGCCGGCCCUGCCACCAGGACUGCGGCACAUGCUUCCAACCGGGCGACGGGAAGGCCUGCAACGCCUGUGCCCCGGGGAAGUUCCUCCAGCCGACCAGCUUCAGCUGCCUGGACACCUGCCCGCAAAGGUACUACCCCGGCAGCGGGGCCUGCAUUCGCUGCGGCCCCCUUUGCCAGGCCUGCUCCGGCCCGGGCAAGUGCGACCGGUGCGAGCCCGGGCGCUUUGACCCCGGCGACGGGUCCUGCGCCCUGUGCCCGGACUCCUGUGCCACCUGCUCCGGGCCCGCGGCCUGCGACGCCUGCCAGGGGGGCCUGGUGUUCCUGUCGCCGGACCCGGCCGUCGGGUCGCUGUGUGGCGAUGCCUGCCCGGCCGGGAGCUACCCCGGCCCCGACCGGUGCCUGGCCUGUGGCACGGCCUGCGCCCGAUGCGCCGGCGAUGCGCACCUGUGCGAGGCCUGCGCGCCGGGGCACCGGUGGGCCGGCCACCCGCCGGCCGCCGGGUCCGGCCUCACCGGCUCCUGUGUGCCCUGCCCGGCGCACUGCGACGUGUGCACCGCCGAUGACGAGUGCCUCGCGUGCGAUGCCGGCUUCUUCCGCCGGGCCCAGAACGGCGCCUGCGUGGCUGCCUGCCCGCCGGGGGAGUACCCGGAGCCGGGCUCGGCCGUGUGCCGCGCGUGCGACGCCACCUGCGGCCGCUGUGCCGGGCCGGCCGGCGACCAGUGCACCGGCUGUGCCCCGGGGAGCGUCCUCUCGCGCGAGGGCCGAUGCAUCGAAAGCUGCCCGGCCGGCCAGUACCCGGGCCAGGCGGCCGGCGGUGCUGCCGGCCCGGCCGCCCCGCCGGAGCUCCAAUGCCUCGCCUGCUCCCCGGCUUGCGACAGGUGCGAUGGCCCGGGCGAGGGGGCCUGCACCGCGUGCCCGGCCCCCCGGCUGCUGGAGGCCGGCCGCUGCGUCGACCAGUGCGGCCCGGGCCACUUUGCAUGCGCCCCGGCGGGCCGGUGCGCCCCCUGCCCGGAUGGCUGUGCCGCAUGCCAGCCGGCGGAACAGGCGCCGACCGCCUGCCGGGCCACCUGCACCGGGUGCCAUGCCGGCAUGGUGCUUUCCCCUGGCACCGGCCGGUGCGGGGCGUUCUGCCCCCCGGGGGAGUUCCUUCCCCGGGCGGAUGCCCUCGAGUGUGCCCCCUGCGGGCCGAGCUGCGCGGCCUGCCACGGCCAGGCGGACCGGUGCACCGUGUGCGCCGACGCGGCUGCCUGGCUUCGCCCCGACACCGGCCACUGCCUGGAGUCCUGCCCCGAGGCCGGCUUUGCCGUGUCCCCCGCCGAGAGCGUGUGCCUGGCAUGUGCAUCGAACUGCGACCGGUGCACGGCCCCCCCGGACACCCGCGCAUGCACCCUCGCGCCGGAUGGGCGCCUCGAUUGCCCGGCCAUGUCGGCGUGCGACCGCUGUGCCCCGGGCUACCUCCUUCUGGCCGGGGGCUCCUGCGUGGCCGACUGCCCGGCCGGGCACUUCCCCCGGUGGGAUGCCUCGCCGGGCGUGUGUGCGCCCUGCCAUCCGAAGUGCGCCGGCGGGUGCACCGGCCCGGAGGAGUCACACUGCGACCGGCCUGCCGGCCAUUCGCCAGCCAGCCAGCGUCUGGCCAUCGGCCUGGGCAUCGGCUUCGGGCUGCUGUUCCUGCUGAUGUUCCUGGCCCUGAUCCUGUUUUUGAUGCUGCGCUUGCGUCGGGACCAGGGCCUCAAGGAAUUGGUGGAUGAGCUGGAUGAGGUGUCCCCGGAUCUGGGCCCGAUCAGCGACCCCACGCCCCCCGGGACGCUGCGGGUGGACCUGGCCGCGGACUUCACCCCGCUGCGGACGCCCCUCGGCACCGGCCGCCACUCGACCAUCUUCGCGGCGCGUGCCGUCGGUGGGGGCACCACCACGCGCCUCGGCUGCCCGGACAUCGUGGCCAUCAAGCUCAUGAAGGCCGACGCCCCGGAUGCCGAUGUGGCGCGGCGCCUGCAAAAUGAAAUCGCCCUCAUGUGGCUGCUCCGCGAUCAGGACAACAUCGUGCGGAUGUACGGCUACAGCGACAGCCCGCCGGCCCUGGUCAUGCAGCAAUACCAGACGGACCUGGGGAGGCUCGUCCACUCGCGGGCCGAUGUGCCCCUGGGCGACAUGCUGCACAUUUGCCACCAGUGGGCCGCCGGGCUGGACGCCAUGCACAAUGCCGGGGUGGCGCACUGCCACUUCGGGCCGGACAAGAUCCUGGUGGCCCCCGCGGGCCCGGGGUCCUGGCUGGUGGCGGUCGGCGACCUGGCCGCAUCGAGGAACCUCCGCCACCCGCCGGCCGAGGUGGCCCCCCCCGCGCCGGGCCCCCGGCGGGCGGCCUACACCGCGCCGGAGGUGCUGCUUGCCGCCGAGCGCCAGCGCCCGCUCAAAGCCGCCUUCCACCUGCCGGCCGAUGUCUUUGCCGCGGCCGUGGUCCUAUGGGAGUGCCUGACCCGCGCCAUCCCCUGGGAGGGCUCCGACGCGGACACCAUCAAGGCGGACGUGCGGUCUGGCCGGCGGCCGGACAUGGCCGCGGCCGUGGCGCCCCUUCGCCAGCAGGCCCCGACCUUCGUCCAAGCCACCACCAACCUCCUCAACCAGGCAUGGGACGAGGACCCCCUCGACCGGCCGUCAGCCAUGGCCAUCCACCAGCUGUGCGCCGCUAUCCUGGCCGCCCUGCCGUGACCAUGGCCGCCCCCAUGCGCCGGGCGUCUCCUCGUGUCUAUGCGAUAAAUCUUCACAUCCCUCCGUCGUGUGGCCCCUCCGGGCCGGGGCGGGGGGGUCUUCUUUUU